AUGCCAAAAGUUGUUUCUAAAAGCUUCGUUGUUUCCGAUACAAGAGAUAAAGAAGAGUACAAUGACCUAAGCUCAAAAGUUUAUGUUUACUACUGCCUCUGCGGGCAGCUUGCGUUAAUUCUCGACACCACAAUCGAACAAUUGCCCUUGAGACGGUUAGACCACGCUCGGGUUAUUGAUGGGAAACUGCAUGCAUAUAAACUAAGCUGUAUUGAUGGUGAUGAGGUAUUCUUGAAGCGAGAGAAAGGGGUUGAGAGGCAGUUUAGGCAAAAGUGCAAAAACUGCAGCUUGUGGAUGUUUUACAAUCAUGUAAAGAAGGAUGCUAAAGUUACUUUCAUUGUUGACGGUGCGCUGGUUUUACAGAAAGAUACGGAUGAAAAGAAUCCUUUACAAAAAAAGAAACCCAAGAAGGUUAUGAUGACAAAAAGAACCAAGGAAUUUGGCAAGUUCAGUUCUGUUACUGUUUCCACUGUUGAUGAAGAAGAGGAGGAAAUUGAACAGCAAGAAGUGGAGACAUCAUAUGCACAUAAUGCAAAAAUAAUCGAGAAACAGCUUGAGAGAAAAACCACUGCCCAAAAGCGUGCAUCAGAUGCUGGCAGCGAGGGGCAGGCUAAAAAACCCAAAGGGACAUUGAUUGAUCGGUAG